AUGCUUCGCAAGCUUGUCGAAUCUGCUGGUUUGGAAGUAACUGCAGUUUCAGAUUGGACAUACGAAGUGAGUAAAACAGAGGGGAAGAGAUACUUUGUAGAUCUUCAGAAUAAGUCAUGUACGUGUAAUGGCUUUCAGAAGCUGAUGAUUCCAUGCUCUCAUGCCCUCGCAGCCGCAAGGGUAAAUGGUCUGUACGUUCCUUCCCUAGUAGGGAAAAUGUACUAUGUGACUGUGUUUGGUGACACCUAUGCGGAGCUAAUAUAUCCUGUCCCUAAUCAAGGCGACGAAGAUGUCCCUGUAGUUGUGUUGGAGAAUGAGUUCAACCCUCCUACGAACCCACCAGGUCCAAGACGCAGAAGGAAAAGAAGAAUCCCGUCAACCGGGGAACAUGUGGGGAAUAAAAGGAAGAGAACGGCAGCACAUAAAUGUUCAACAUGUGGUCAGCCAGGCCAUAAUAGAGCGACAUGCAAAAACGCGAUUGGAUAA